AGCAUGUGUUCACUUGAGAAGUUAUGUGAAAGGUAGGCUGCAGUCCAGAAGAAGUAUGGUCAUAUUAAGAUUUCCUGUACAGUCUUUUAAUGAGGAUACAUUUUUCGAACAAUGGUCAGAAAUGAACUAAAACCACAAUGUAAACGUGUGAACACUGACGUGGAAGAAAAAAAACUAAUGUUUUAAGGCACAGUGUCUAAGUGUGUCUAUUAUCAUGUCAUCACAGGGCGAGAGACCAUGGAUGGUCGCGUCCCAUCGGCUACAGCAGGAUUUGGUAACGGGCUGUCUUAUUUUUGUGAUCACGUCCGAUCACGUUGGUGGGCUACUUAUCCAGAAGUGUUAUCAAUAUAGCCAUGUCCGUUAUGAUGUAUUCGUUUAAAUCAUAAUACAAGAAAUAUAAACCCAAAGAUAACUCUCCGGUUAAUACUUUGCUACAUCCCUCAGCAUAUGGAGUCUGAAAUUGUUUUGCUUGAAGGCGCGGUUUCGUGUCACUGACGUGCACCUCCAAUGUUUUCAUUGAUAUUCAGUCGAGUACCCCAGCGGAGCAGGCGGAGGGGACCAGCCGUGGUUAAAUAGCGCAAAAUAAAUUCAGAAUCGUAUGAGAGGAAAGGAAAAAAGCAAUCUCGAUUCGGGCGUUCUCAUUUGAGUUCAAUGUGAUCUGAUGGAUUUUGCCAGAAUAUGGUGGUGAAAUCGUCCGCAAGGUCAAAUACACCUUUGAUGCCGUAUGCUGGAAAGCUAACGAUUAGCAAGGCAAGCAUGAUUUGUGGACUCCAUUAAUGUACAGGAAACUCUGUUUGACGGUUUGUCCCCUUAUUUUGGGUUUAUUGAAAGGCAAUUAAAAAUGGGUACUAUUCCAGAGCCCAAAAGAACUGUCACAGCUGAGACGGUCCCACAGCCUGAGCCUGUGGGCUCCUUUGUAAGCCGGGACUCAUGUUCCAGCGCGAAUAACAAGACAACCCUGGACUCAAAACUGGCCUCUGUGUCAGCGGCAGAAGAACUGCCUGGUAACCUGUCCUUGAAGACAAAUGAUGGCGUAAUAAAAAAAUCUUCAGACAACAGUCAGCCAAAUAAAAGGAGGGCUUCUAACACCUUGACCUCCCCGACUGGAGAUCAUGAGAAGUCGACUUCCACUUCCUCUGCUAUAGCUAAGGAGAAAUCCACCUUUACCUCCUCUACGGAAGAUCACAAGAAAUCCACCUUCACAUCCUCUCCUGGAGAUCAUGGGAAAUCUACCAUAAUUUCCUCUACUGGAGAUCAUGGGAAAUCCAUCAUAAUUCCCUCUACAGGAGGUCAUGGGAAAUCUACCAUCACUUCCUCCUCUAGAGAUCAUAAAUUAUCUACCUUGACGUCCCCUGCAGGAGACCAGAAGACCUCCAACAUAAUUUCCUCUACUAGAGAUCAUGAGAAAUCCACCUUCACUUCCUCUACAAGAGAUCGUGAGAAAUCCACCUUCACUUCCUCCACUAGAGAUAAUGAGAAAUCUACUUUCACUUCCUCUACUGCUGAUCAUACGAAACCUGAGCUUUUAUCCAGAAAGGAUUUGGAAACAGGCAGAGAUCUGAUAGGUGGGUGUGUGAGUGAUGUCAUAGAAAACCACAAGGACAGCAGUGCUACUGUGAGAGUGUUACCUGCAGCUGAGAAGGAGGACAUUCGUAAGACCAGCCUGUCAGUGUCGGCACUUACAUCGAAUUUACAAUCAAAUGAUGCCAGAGGCAAUGUGCAGAGUUCCACGGAGGUGUUGGUACAAUCGAGAGAGAUUUCUGCAAAGGGUGCACCUGAAUAUUCACAACCACCUCGCUAUAAGUCAAAUGUGAUACAGAGGUCAGACCAGGCUUUUCAUCCAACGCACACAUCUCCUCUGGUACCGACAACCAAGCAAGAGAAAAUCGCUGAUGUUCGAACCUCGCGCGAGGAUACCUCACUAGCAGCACAAUCAAAGGAUUACAAAGAGUCUACCGCAAGCCUACCUUCCGUCUUACCCAGCAGUCCAGUUCAGACAGGGAGCCGGCCACAGACCUCUGAGAGGGAAGCCACCGGAUCAAUCUUGGAAAACCUGCAGCAGGAGAAAAAUGCGAAACCUAAGUCCCCAGAAGCAGAAGAGAGUAAGGCCAUGUCGGCAAGCAGCGCAAGGCCUGAUCCAGCACACAAAGGUCCGAGCCCUCUGAAGAAGGAAGUUGGAGACUCCGAGAGCACCUCGCGUAAUCACCUGUCUGUUUUGCCUCGAAGCCCCUCACCUGGUGGGCCGCUCAGCGAAGCAGGCAUGGUCUCAACAGUAGGCGGAGCUUCUCAAACCCCGGACACCACAGCGGGGGAAGACCACAAAGCCCAACGAGAGUGCGGUUCACGGUACAAGGAAGCCGCGACCAUGACCGUCAGCACGGAGCAUCGCUCGACGUCCGAACGCAGCCGCCACGAUGCCGGGGUUCAGGCGGUCGCCAGCGUCAGCAGCCGAUCCGUCGGGACCAGCCCUGGCCUGUCGUCACAGGGAGGACCGCUCAAGCUCAACGGCAGGGCGACGGAGGGGCAGGAAAGGCUGACCGUCACUUGCCAGAGGAGUAGCAGGUCUGCAACCGUCUACCAGAUCACCAUGGACGACGGCUGGUCUAGCCAAAGCGGUAUUCUUAGCGACGUCUGCAGCCAAACUGUCCUCUCCACACAGAUCCACGGCGAAUCCUCUCACCUCACCAGCAAGCAGAUCUGUGACCACCUCCCAGGGCAAGCCAGACUGAAAGCCGGCCAGUGUAACAGUCAAACUGCCGGCGUAAAUCACAAUUCAGACCCUGCACUAAAACCAGAUGGAAGGGGACAGGGAAGCGCGCCCAAAGAGCCUGCAGACACGGCCCAAAAGUGGCUUCCACUUUUACAACCCGUUUAUCAGAUUAAUAUCGAGCCCUGCGGCCAAUCAAACGUGACAUCUAACACCGGCCCCUGUGAUAAAGAGCCGCCGGGGCCCGGCUCGACGUGUCAGCGCAAAUCAGGCACUGAGAGUGGAACCGGCAGGCAGCGGGGUGAGAGAGGGCGUUUCCCUGGAAACGCAGCGUCCAAUGAUGUGUGCCAGGCCUCUGCGGACGUGGCGGCCCUUCCCACUCGCUCGGUCGGGUCCCCCGCUGCUAGACCCUCCCCUUCGCAGGUAGACGGCCUUUUGCCAGGUGCUCCUACCGGGGUGACGGAGAAAGGCGAGGUGGAAGCGAAUCCUCCAGUGGCGGUAAAACAGGCAGCGGGCAGGCCAAACCAAGACCCUAAACGGCACGCGCCCCAGAAAGCAGAUGGACGCGUCUGCAAAUCGGGUAAGAGUGAAGAGAGGGGGAAAAAGAAGGAGCCCAACCCGAAAGAAGGGAAGAAGCAGUCGCAGACCGGCAGUGGUGAAAAGGGCAAGACCAAGAGCGUGCACGACGUGGUGUGGGACGAGCAGGGCAUGACGUGGGAGGUGUACGGGGCGUCGGCGGACCCCGAGUCCCUGGGCUUCGCCAUCCAGAACCACCUGCAGAGCAAAAUCAAGGAGCAGGAGAGGCUGAUCAAGGCUCAGGUGGAGCGCAGGAGGUCCGGGGUGCCUGCGUCGCCCGCGGGGAAGAGGACCAAGCGGAGGCAGCAGAACGUGUUCCGGUCCAUGAUGAAGAACGUCAGAAGGCCCAAGUGCUGCGCCCGCCCUCCCCCGUCCUCUGUGUUGGAGUGACUCUGUCUCUGGCUCUACCAGCAUGGCCCUCUCUGCUCUACUCUCUACUCAAAGUUGCUAAGCCAGGAUACAGAACCUGUUUUUUUUACAAUCACUUUUCAAAAUCACUACGAGCUUCAUACUAAACAUCAGUUUAUGCAGAACACCCAAUAUACAUUUGUGAAACAGGUAUGCUCAUGCAUGCAGGUUAUGACCUUUGACCUGCAGUGGGUCUUCUUUGUCUUCUUCUACUAGUUCUUAGACGUUUCUUUCUCAUGGGGUGCUGUUUAACUUUUCAAGUAAUUGGUAAUGUCAGUAUAACAGAAACUUGCGAUUGGUAGCUACUGUUUAACCAUCUCUAAAAUAAUUCUCUAAAGUAAAACUCUGAUUCCGAUUGGUAGGUGGACUCUAAUGUGACCUGUGACUAAACGACCUGUAAUACCUAGUAAUGAGCGUGUGAAGUUAAACCCAGGUGGUGGCAGAUUUGGCAUAAAUGUGUACCUCUGGAUGUGGUUCCUACACCAGGUGUUGAAGUUGGUCAUGGGCAUGUUUCUUCUCUUUACACUGUAAAAGAUGUACCAGUGACCCUGAAGAGAGGCCAGCGAGUGGCCCUAUGAACAGGGAGGCCAGUCAGAGGGAAAACAAGGAGCAUAAAGUUUAGUAUUAUUGAAAACGAAAUGACAAUAAUAUGUAGUAAAAUGCAUGUGUCUGCUGUCGCUGUAGUGUUUGAAAAUGGCUAAUUAUGUGAAUGCAUAAUUGCAGGUACCUUUCAAUAUGUCCUUUUUUGUGCAAUUAAAUAUUAUACAUGUUGGUUUUUAACCAAGUCUAACUAUUUAUUAAAUGUUUAUGAGGAUUUAUCUAGCACCCUGUAUUUCAGCAAAUUCAUAAUAUUUUCUUAGUUGAAAAAAAAGAUAUUAAGAAUAUUUGUCUGGGUAACCUAUCAGCUCUGCUGGACUCUAUAUCAGUCCCAAAUCAAGCCUGUGUGUAAUGAUGCUUCAGUUAAUAUCAGUGUCCUGUUACUUUUAUAUUAGGGUAAGGAAAUUCUUUUCUGCAUUGUUUGAUUUUUAAUACUGACAAAUAAGUAUAACCCCAGCCACAGGUUGGGGGGGCAUUCUGUCAGAUGUGAAAUCUAGAAUGUCCAAUAAAAGUCCUCUAAAUUUAAAAUGACUGUUAACAAUUUGUUUGUCAGCCUGUUAUGUUCUCAUUACUUGCCACAGACUGCACAGACAUUAAAGGCGGUAAACUAUAACUUGAUGGGAAAAAUAGUUUUUGAUUAAUAAUUGAUAAUACUGACAAUCAGAAAAUCCAUUCUUUUUUUUCUCCUUCAGAGAGUGUCUGAUGUUGAGUGUUUUUCCCAUUCUGCAUAAUAAAUGAAUAUGUUUCUCCUGCUUUUCUCCCACGGA